AAUUAUUUUAUGAUGGCGGCUUUGGGUGCUCACUUUUACUGGAAACAUAUCGGAUUAAGCGGGUUUAUCCGGCGGUGCCAUUGUUGUUUUGGACUGAAUUUAGGAGCGAAAGGCGAUGAAGAUAACUACAUUUAACGUAGCUAACGUUAGCUAGCAGCUAGGCCGCGGCUACACCGCUCGCGUUAUUGAAGCCAGCGUUUGCCCACACUUAAAUGAACCGUCCUUUAUACCUUGAUAGCUAUUUAUAAUUAGACAAAAUAAAUAUUUGAUGGCGACUGGACACCGCUUAUUUAAUUCUGGUGCUACGCUAGCUUUAGUUAGCUUUCGCUUGGCAUUUAACGUAACGUUACUGGGCGUGGAAAGGAGAGACAGGUGUCGCCGCUGCCCGCCUACCUUUCGCUUCACACGUGCCCCGCGAUGUCUUGAGUUUGGGAGGGGGUUUUGCUAACUGUCUUGUGUGUGUGUUUUAUGAAUGUGUCGUGAAGAAACCAGGGUCCGUGUGAAAGCGGAGACGACGAGGCGUCCGGACGAGUGAGAUGUGUCCUCCACCGACUCUGCCGUGCUUCUGCACCGAGUCUCUCCGGCGACCAGCACGUCCAUGAGAACCAUAACCUCAGAUCUAGAUGGACGACCCAGACUGACCAGGACCCUGGAGUUAUCUUCUAACUGAGACGUUACUGUUAACUUUGCAACGAUGUCUGUCUCCACGGUUUUGGCAAAGGCGCUGUUUGACAACGCGGCAGAGAGCCCGGAGGAGCUGGCUUUCCGGAAGGGUGACAUACUGAUGGUUCUUGAACAGGAGCAGGGUGGUGGGCCGGGCUGGUGGCUCUGCUCCCUGCAUGGCAGACAGGGCAUUGCCCCCGCAAACCGUCUUCGACUCCUCCAGACCGCCCCGCCCCCAGGCUCCGACCCGCGUCGUGGCCCCGCCGAGGACUCCGUCUACCUGUCGCCUGUCCCCCCACUGAACCGGACUGCUGUCGGCGGCAGUGCAGAUGACAUAGAUGGAGUGUAUCGCUCCCCGCCCGGUGUUGGUGAGGCACGAGGAGCUCCCUUGAGGCCCGGGGAGCUCCGUAGGGUCGAGAGCGGGCGCCCACGCUCGCACUCGAGCUCUGGCCUCCGGCCCAGACCUGACUGGGACUUAGGGGUGACGGGGCGUCCGCGCUCACCCUCUCUGAGAGGCCGAGGCAUAGAAAUAACAGGAAUGCUUUAUCAGACUCCAGUAUCUCCCAUGCCUUCAGCGGCUCAGCAUGCCAGACAACCAGGAGCUUCAGAGUCCGUGUACCUCGCCCCCACUGGAAUUCCAAGGGCAGCUGAUGAACCAGAGGACACUACAUAUCUAGUUCCUAGAGAAACACUAACUACAGGACACUCGGACGACUGUUAUUUGGUGCCCAAAGGUACACCGCUCGCAGGUGACGAUGUUUACCAAUCCCCAACAGGAGGAGUUGUGGGCUCUGCUGCGUGCUCGAAUGGUACCCCCCAGCUGAAAGUGAGCCAGGACACACCUGGGAUGUACCAAACACCCACCGCUGUGGGGGCAAACCUCCACAGGACUUCAGCCACAGUUUUGGCCCACCAGCACCCAUCUCAAUUAUCUCCCAUGCAAGCAUCUCCCAGACCUCUGCUCAAGGGAGUUUCACCCAACCCCGCAAGGGGCAAACCCAGCCUAGCCUGUCACCGGGGGUCUCCUUCGCUGGUCCGAGCAGGGCAGGUCAGGGUUCCCGGCUCACCAAAUUUCGCCCGCAAACCUCCUCCACCAGCACCUCCGGUGAGGGGAGUCACCAGGAAAGAUGCAGCGCCGUCAUCGACGGAUUCUAACUAUGUCCCCAAACCCACCGCUCAGGUCACUUCUGAGGAGGACAAACAGGGGGGGGGUCCUCAGAGUAAGGAGGACAGGACGAGUAACGUCCUGGAGAAAAGCAACAACGCGCUGAACAAAAAAGGAGACAAACGGGAUUACUCGGAUGACGUGGAUGACCAGGUGUAUGAUACUCCUCCCAGUGGCAGGUGGCAGCGCCCCGUCCCAUCUUCCCUUGGUGGUGACGAUGAUGAUGAUGAUGAUGGCAUCUAUGACACCCCUCGCAGUGUCCCGCCACAAACUGAUCCUGAGACAGAGGUCUAUGAUGUCCCCACCAUCACUCUCAAUCUGUCCACGUCGGAUGUCCAGCCUGAAGAAGUCGACGAGGACGUAUACAGUGUUCCUACUCUUCCAGGGCUGCCUCUGGGCCCAGGAGAGUCCACCGUCGGCCUCUCCGGCGAGGAUGUCGGACAGGCCUACCGUGUCCCCGGAUCUGAGAAACGAGUUAGUGGCGGAAGUCACAACCGGGACUCUUCUGAGCCCGACUGUGGCAUCUACGACAUGCCCGCGUUGACCGCCGAAGUCCUCCCCCACUCUUUGUCGUCGUCCUCCACCUCUACCCGCCGCCUCUCCGUUUCGAGCAACGGCUCGGGCGACGUGCAGUGGAGAGCCACGCUUUCCAGCCUCGUCCACUCGGUGCUGAGCGCGGCCUCCUGUUCGGCCUCCGCUCUGUCGUCACGGGACCUGGCCACGUCGCUGGCUGAAAUCCUGUCGACCUGGAAAGCGUGUCAUUCCGAUGAUCCCCCGCCGCCCCUUCAGCAGGCGUGGGCUCGUCUGUCGGACCUCCUGCCGGCGCUGUCCGCUGUCGGCGGCGCUCCGCCGUCCGAAGGGCUGCUGGCGCUGGUCCAGCGCUCCCUGGAGGAGAGCGCCCUCCUCCUGCAGGCUCAGGGCCGCCCGCGUUUGUCUUCCCAAGACUCUCUGUCCCGCAGGCCGCUGCCCGCGCUCCCCGUGCCCGAUGGGAAGUCCUCGGGCGGUGGGAUGGGCUCCCGUAAAGGUAGCUGGAUCCAGGAGCGGCCCCUGCCGCCAACCCCUCAGCCCGCCUUCCCCAUUCCUCCCACUCUGUCGACGGUGACGCUGACGAUAGGCCCCGGUGACGGAGAGGAUGACCCCAGCAAUGAGUACGCGGGGAUCGGCUUGACUCCCAUCCCGGCCCCUCUGCCUACUGGAGACAGCGUUGGAUACGUCAAGCUGCAGGGUAAACCUGAGCCACUUCCUGAUAUUCUGGGUGAGAACGGACACAUGCAUACCAUCAAUGCAGAUCUAACGUUGACCCCGUCUCCUCCACUUCCUGCGUCCCUCUCCCUGGAGGACUCGGAGCUGCUGUCCUUCUACUCGUCUCAGAGCCUCGCUCACCUCUCCUGCCUGGCGGACGCCAUCGACGUGCUCUUCAGCAGCGUGCAGGGGAACCAGCCGCCGCGCAUCUUCGUCGCCCGGGGAAAGAGUCUCAUCGUGACUGCGCACAAGCUGGUGUUCAUCGGGGACACGCUCUCCCGCCUUCUCACAUCUGCCGACCUCCGGGCCAAGAUCACAACCUCAGGUGGACGACUCUGUCAGGCCUUGAAGACGGUUGUCGUUGCAACAAAGGGCGCCGCACAAAACUACCCUUCAAUAUCCGCCACGCAGGAGAUGGUGGACCGCGUCGCCGAGCUCUCCCAGCAAGCGGCCGGCUUCUCCACUCUGCUGCAGCGGCUGGCAGAAAUAUCUUCAUGAUAUUUCAUAUUGCUUGCUUAGAAACUUUUGUUUACACUACUACACACAUAUAUAUUUUCUCUUUUUUGAAAUGCCUUAUUUGUUGGUAGACUCUCUUCUGCGUUUGAACGGGAUCGGAGCAGGCGGCGUGGAAAAAGCUGGAAUAAGGGUCACUUGUCGCUGCAGCUGUUACUGAGAGGGGUUGUGAGUGUUGGUUCUGUCCUCCAAGUGUGUGUUGGCUUGCCUUUUGUUUAUAUACUGACCUCUCCGUGCUUUGAUGCCAGGCACACUUGUCUUUUUGAGUGUUAACUUAUUGAAUAUUUGAAUCCCCUCCGUGGCUCUCUGAGGAGCUUUUGCUUUAUUAUGUUUGCCAUAUUUUCUUUCCCUCACAUGAUAGCCAUUUUCCUUCCUUCCUCUAUUUAUUCAGCCAUCCACCCCUUGUUCCAAAAAUAGCACAGAAAAUGGCCUAACAUCCUGGUUCUGGCCUACUUUCCACUGUUAACCUGAAAGGCCUUUUGUGUUGAUCCUUCUGAAGCUGUUGAAGCAGCAUAUCGAGUGUUUUGGGCUUAAUAUGGAAGACGUGGGAGCACGCUGUGGAGUAGGAAGUUCACUCGACUUCCUUUCAUAAAUCUGUGCAAGUACGUGUAGUGUUUGUGUCGUACCAGUUUCCACUAGAAAGCACACUGCAGUACAGCUUGCAACGAGAAACCUCAACACACGUUCAGUGUACGUACACGCAGGCGAACGCCUCAUGAAGAAGGAGAUUAAAUCCUGUCUGACACAGAGAUUAUAUUCGAGAGUCGGUUAUGAUACUUGUGGGAGACGUUACCUAAUCCUGUUCUUUCUCACAGUCACGUGGAUGAGAAACCUGUUCCAAGCUCACCUGUCUCCACAUGUCUUGUUGUGAUCUGCAUGCGUACUUUUUUUACUUUCUAUGUUCAUUU